AUGUCCACUGUCAUGCGGAUAGCCGUUGCAGGCACCUGCGGAUUAGCUCUGAUAAUAGCGCGAGAGAUCCAUGACUCUACGAGUCAUCAACUCAUCAUUCUAUCAAGAAGUCCCCAACCGGGCCUCUUAGCACAAGGUUACCAAUGCCAGGUGGUUGACUACAACGAUCCCAGUUCCAUUCAACACUCUCUCAUGGGAGUUGACACCGUAAUAUCCACGGUGACGGGGAACGCUCAACUACGUCUGAUCGAAGCAGCGGUAGCAUGCCGAGUUCGUCGAUUCGCUCCCGCCGAGUUUGAGGGCCAGCCGGGCCUCAGGGCGCAGAACGGACUCCUAGAUCGCGGACGAGGUGCGGCAUUAGCUUUGUUGCAGCACUACCGCGGCUACAUUCAGUCGACCGUGUUUGUCUGCGGUAUACUCUACGAGAGAUUCUCUGUCAACGGCAUGAUAUCACACCGGAUCGGCGUCAACUCUGGAUAUGGGAACGAAGGGGAUUAUAUUGCCGAUCCUAGGAACAUGACUGCCAUGGUGCCUGUCUACGACUCCGCACAGAAUCUCGCCAACCUCUGUCUCACAUCUGCAUACGACGUAGGACGCUUCGUCGUGAGGUCCCUAGACAUGCCGUCCUGGCCGCAAGAGAUGACCAUGUGCGGAGAGCGGAUGAGCGUCAACGAUCUGGUGGGCAUUAUCCAGACCUGCCGAGGUCGUCAGUUCUACAAUGUUCAAUGGCAGAACCCCCAAGGUCUGCAAUACGAGAUGACCAUGGCACAAAUGAGAAGCGACGUUCCUGAGCAAAAGCGGCUUGCAGCCCUCAUCGAGACCGCAGAGGGGCGCUACGACUUCGUUACCCCCGCGUACCUCAACGCUGCAUAUCCAGACGUCCACCCAAUCAGGUUCCGCGACUGGUUUCAAAAUAAUUGGGUUUCGGUGCCUUAG